AUGGACAUCGUGGAGAGGGUCUUCUCCGUGGCCCAGGCCAUCCAUGCCCAAUUUGAGCAGGUGAAGUGCUGUAAGCACCAGUGCCAGCGCCUCGUGGAGCGCAUCCAGAUCCUGCUGGAGCCCGUCAGGGUCCUCAGGGCUCAGUCACCAAAGCACAUCUCCCACCAUGAAGAGGAACUGCUGAAGAAGCUGCUCCUGGCACUGUGGGAAGCCCAGAAACUGGUGAUGAAAUACAGCCAGAGCAGUUGGAUCCAGAAGUUCUUGAGAGCCCACAGUGCCAGCGAGGAGUUUGUCUGGGUGAACGAGAGCCUGGAGGACGUUGCCCAGGGGCUCUCCCUGCUGCUGCAGGCAGAGCAGAAACAGGUUUUCCUGGAGGCUUUCCAGGCAAAGACCUGUCGCAGGCAGGAUGCUGAGGACCUGAGGGAUGACAAGGCUUUCUUGGACCAGGUGAUUGCAAGCACUGAGGAACCCAAAGACCUGGCUGGGGAGAUCUACCUGGACAGGCAAAGCAUGGAGAGCACGGUGGACAGGAUGCAGAGCGAGCUCAACAGGAUCGUGCGCGUGAUGGAGUGCUUGAAGAAGGUCAACGUUGGUAAAAGAGAAGACAUCACUGAGAUCCAGAGGGACCAGCUCACCUUCUACAGACACCUGCAGGACACCGAGAGCUACGACCUCUACCAGGGCGAGUACCUCAAGUACCCGGUGGCCAUCAAGACCUUCAAGAGGCCACUGACCACUGACAUCGUGAAGGUCAGAGACAUCUUUGAGAGGGAGGUUCAGACCCUCAAGAAGUUCGAGUCUCCCAACAUCCUGCGCAUGUACGGGAUCUGCAUUGAGGAGAGAGACGGGAGCCCCUGCUUCUCCAUCAUCAUGGAGUACUGCAAGCACGGGACGCUGCGGGACGUGCUGACCAAGCAGCAGCAGCACCUCUCCUGGGAGGUCCGCAUUCGGAUGGCCCUGGGAGCUGCCAGGGGCCUUUACAGGUUGCACCAGACGGAGGAGAAGUCCCGACUCCACGGCUGCAUCUGCAGCAGCAAGUUCCUGGUGGCUGGGGAUUACUGUGUGAAGCUGUCAGGAUUUGAGCUGGGUGAAACAGAGUCAUCCAUCAAGAGGAAAGCCAAGAAGAACUGGAAACACAUCUCUCUGUUGGCUUAUGCUGCCCCUGAGAACCUGAAGGACAUCAGCUACCCCUACCAGAGGCCCUGUGAAAUAUACAGCUUUGGGAUCGUGCUGUGGGAGAUUGCAACCUCCAGAAUCCCAUUUGAAGGCUGCACUCCCCAGGAGAUCAUGGAGAAGAUCUGCACCCACCAUUACCAGGACCCUGUUGGGGAAGAUUGUCCUGCAGAACUGCAGGAAAUCAUCAACCAGUGUCGGGCCUUUGACCCUUCCCAACGCCCUUCAGCUGAGGAGAUCGUGGACUUGCUGGCUGACCUGGAGAAGAGCAGAAACCAAGGAAGUUAA